AUGAGUGAAAAACCUGAACUUGUAUCCGAAACGGAAUCUGAAGACGACCACAGAUACGAGGACACUGAAGAUGUUCUUUUGGGCUCAGAGGAUGCCCCUACUAGUGCAGCAGCCGAAGAAGUUGCUGGAAACACAUCGACCAUCUCCAUUGGCACUGCCAAAGCCGACGACGAUGAACUUCCCGCCACUCCCAAGCCAACUUCGCCCACGUCACUGAAAGUGACACCUGGAUCUUUCCCUGGAGCUGCGGGGGCAGAUGAGGACUCCACCACCACGCCCUCGGCCACGUCGCCCUCUGCUAACGUUCUCAACUCCGACGGAGAAUCGCUAACACCUGGCACUUUCCCCGAUGCCACAUAUGACCAGACCCCCUCACCCGUAUCAUCGGCUCCUCCUCCUCCGCUACCCCAUCGGCCCGCCACCCACGGCGACGGUGGAGCAGCCUCUGCUCGAGGAGAAACUCCCCCCACACUUCCUCCUCGGCAGGGAGCUCCCAGUCUGCCACCACGAAAGCGGUCAGCCUUCUCGUGGUUCCUGGGCAACAAGAGCCAGACCAGUCUCAAGAGCGAGGACAACAUCACGGCACUGGCCAACAGCCACCGUGCCAACGCCCAGCCCGCCAAGGUCGAUGAGAAGAUUGUGGCCGAGGGCUACGGUCUCAUGUACAGCCGAAUGCAACAGAACCAGGACAGCCUGAGUGAAAAGGAGGAACGGGAGCGACAGGCGGUGUUGCAGGCUGGCGAGCUACUGCAGGAGGACUUCCGACAGUUGCGACAGAAGGAGUCGCUGGAAAACCCCUUCAUUGACUGGGACUUUUGGAGUCGGGUCAUUGAGGACUACGCAACCGUGGCCAAGGAGCACCCUAAACAGCUCAAGGAGGCUAUUAGCGCCGGAUUCCCCACAGAAUUACGGUCUAUAAUCUGGCAGAUUAUCACAAGCUCUAAGAACGCUGCUCUGCAAGACUUCUACACUGAAAUCCUCAAGGAGAGCACUCCCCACGAGAAGGCCAUCCGACGAGAUCUGUCUCGAACGUCGUUUGUCAUGGAGACCUCUCCCGACUCUCUAUACAACGUCAUCAAGGCAUACAGUCUGUUUGACCCCGAGGUGGGAUACACACAGGGCAUGGCGUUUGUCACGACCCCUCUGCUACUGACCCUCAACGAGGUGGACGCUUUCUGCCUGCUAGUGCGGCUGCUCAAGGACUACGAGCUCAGAACAAUGUUCCUGCAGGAAAUGCCCGGACUGCAUCUGAAGCUGUACCAGUUUGACAGGCUGUUGGAAGACCAGGUCCCGUCUGUGCAUAUCCAUUUGACCCGCCAGGGAGUCAAGUCGUCCAUGUACGCCUCUCAGUGGUUCCUUACGCUGUUUGCAUACAAGUUCCCUCUAUCAAUGGUGCUACGAAUCUUUGACAUCAUCAUGACCGAGGGUAUCGAGGCCAUUCUCAAAUUUGGAGUGGCUUUGAUCCGGAAGAACGCCGACACAAUUUUGGCUCUCAAAUUCGACCAUCUGCUGCCCUUCCUCAAGGAGUCUAUUUUCGACGUCUAUAGAGAGGGGGCUGGAGAUGUGUUCCGAGUCAACGAGUUUGUGCGGGAUGCCAUGGACGUGAAAAUACACCCUCUGUUGCUACACAAGUACCAGGAGGAGUAUCUCGAGAUCAACCGUCUUGAGCGGGAGCGAUUGGAGGAGGUUGAGGCUCUGCGACUUGCCAACGGUCAACUGACUCUGCAGGUGCGACGAAUCGAGUCGACUCUGGUGGCUCUCGAGAAGGAGCAUAUUGAGGUUGCUAACGAAAUGGUACAGGGCAAGGUCAAGCUUGCAUCUCUGCAAGACGAGAAUGAGACUCUGAACAUGCAGGUGAGCGAGAUGAGACGAAUCACUGGUGACGAGGAUCUUGAGGCUCUGAUGGAUCUCAGACAGGACAACGAGCGUCUGGUUGCUGAGAAUGAGCAGCUGCAGUCGCAAAUGACGGAGAUGAAGCAGGAGCUCGACGAGAUUCGGGGAAAGCAUGGCGAGCUUGAUGCCCAGCACACCAAUCUCAAAUCCAAAUGGGGCGACAUGCGCAAGCUUUUGGAUGCCAUGCCCCAGGAAUAG